UAACCUGACCCAGGGAGUGGGCCGCUUCCGGGAGAUCCUCCGAGCUGUAGAGACCAGGACCACACAGAACCUACGAAUGACCAUAGCCAAACAGCUGGCAGAGAUCCUGCUGAGGGGGAUGUGUGAGCAGAGCUACUGGUCUUCUCUGGAGGACCCUCCUAGCAAGUCCCAAUUGGACGAGCCCCUGCUACGCCAGGGAGCCCCCUACCUCAAGGACUACGCCCUCAGCCGCAGGCCACGCGUCUACUCCGGAGAGAAUCUGUUUUGUCCACAGGAGAACACAGAGGAGGCUCUGCUCCUGUUGCUGAUUAGUGAAUCUAUGGCCAACAGAGAUGCGGUGCUGAGCAGGAUCCCAGAGCAUAACAGCGACCGCAUCAUCAGCCUGCAGAGUGCCUCUGUGGUCUACGACUUGCUGACCAUCGCCCUGGGGCGACGGGGACAGUACGAGUGGCUCUCUGAGGUGAGGACAUACACAUACUGGAUGUAUACACAAACACACAGACCCUUAUCCUACACUUACACACACCUAACCGCCCAAUCAGUAACCGUGGGAACACCCGAGAAGACCCACGAAGACCAAUCAUGGCCUAUAGUUGCCCCGGUAACCGAAGCUGCCACUCUCCGUCUCUGGAGCCAGGAGCCUUCCUGCAGUCCGGUCGAUGGCUGAAUGGAUCUGAUCUCAUUGAUCUGGAGAUCUUAAGUUCAUCCCUCCAUCCCCCAGCGCUGCGCUUUUCUCUCU